GCAGUGAUCAGGGCACCCGUACGUGUCUGAGGUCCUUCUGUGACGUGACGUUAUGCGGAAGCUGCUCCUGCCACAUGGUGCUGCUGUUGCUGACGGGAGGGUGCCAGUGCUGUGAGCGAGCCGCUGUGCCGGGGCGAGAGAGGCGGAGGCGCAGGGCUGAGUGCCCCUUAUCCCCUGUGUGUCUCAUUUGCUGGUAAUAUUCAGAUUUUAACAGGAUGGAGUACAUGAAGGGGCCAGCGACAAGCAGCCAAGGAAACAUCCUUUGCUGUCAGUGUGGAAUCCCAAUCCCCCCAAACCCUGCAAACAUGUGUGUGGCAUGUCUACGAACACAGGUUGACAUCAGCGAAGGGAUUCCAAAGCAGGUGUCUGUGCAUUUCUGCAAACAGUGUGAACGCUAUCUACAGCCACCAGGGACAUGGAUCCAGUGUGCCUUGGAGUCCCGAGAGCUUCUCACUUUGUGCUUGAAAAAACUGAAGGCUUCUCUGAGCAAGGUGCGUCUCAUUGAUGCUGGCUUUAUUUGGACUGAACCUCAUUCGAAGAGGCUGAAAUUGAAAAUGACAAUACAGAAGGAGGUGAUAAAUGGAGCAAUCCUGCAGCAGGUCUUUGUUGUUGACUUUGUUGUCCAGGCGCAAAUGUGUGAUGAUUGCCAUAGAGUGGAAGCUAAAGAUUUUUGGAAGGCUGUGGUCCAGGUCCGUCAAAAGGUUCUUCAUAAGAAGACAUUCUACUACUUAGAACAAAUUAUUUUAAAACACAGACUUCAUCAGAAUACCCUCCGUGUCAAAGAAAUCAAUGAUGGUCUGGACUUUUAUUAUGCAUCCAAGCAGCAUGCACACAAGAUGGUUGAGUUUCUCCAGUGUACAGUGCCCUGCAGGUCCAAAGCUUCCCAGCGUCUCAUCUCUCACGAUGUCCAUACUAAUGCCUACAAUUACAAAAGCACCUUUUCUAUGGAAAUUGUCCCAAUAUGCAAGGACAAUCUGGUGUGUCUCUCCCCAAAGCUAGCACAGAGCCUUGGGAACAUGAAUCAGCUGUGCGUGUGUGUGCGGGUGACCAGCACUAUUCACCUGAUUGACCCCAGCACUCUGCAGAUUGCAGAGGUGGAUGGGAACACAUAUUGGCGUCAACCUUUUCACAGCUUGUUUCACCCUAAACAGCUGGAGGAGUUUAUUGUGAUAGAUACAGACGUGGUUACAGACCUGAAGCUAGGGGCAGGAGCUGGUAUAAGAUCAAACAAGCACACCCUUGCUGAAGUGUGGGUUCAGAAAACAUCUGAGAUGAACACAAACCAGCAGUACCACUGCCGCACUCACCUUGGACAUCUGCUGAAUCCUGGCGAUCUGGUGCAGGGGUUUGAUUUGGCAAAUUGUAAUUUGAAUGAUGAAUUUAUUAACAAGAUGAAGCCUCAUCACAUUCCUGACGUGGUUCUAAUCAAGAAGAGUUAUGAUCGGACAAGGCGGCAGCGACGGAGAAACUGGAAACUGAAGGAGUUGGAAAGAGAUAGGGAAGGCAUGGACACAGAUGACGAAAGACAAUACCAAGAUUUCCUUGAAGAUCUCGAGGAAGAUGAACUUAUACGGAAAAAUGUGAACAUCUACAAAAAGGCUGACAUUGCGGUGGAGAGUGACACUGAUGAGGAGGGUGCACCUAGAAUCAGCCUGGCAGAGAUGUUAGAAGAUCUGCACAUUUCUCAUGAUGCCACAGGUGGGGAGGGGACAGAAAUGCUGACAGAAUAAAUUUGCUUCAAAGCGUCCUGCUGGUGUGUUCUAGUGAAGAGGAUUUAAAAUGUGUCCAAUUUAAUUUUGAACUAUCUAAAACGUGCGCUCAUACAUAUUUCUCUCUGAACUUGGAUUACCAUACACUAAGCUCUUGUGUGUUUUGCCUUCCAACUGCCAGAUAUUAAAAUAACAAAUGUUUAA